UGAUAGUACAAGCCAUCCUUUUGAGCGAGAGAUUGAGCGAGACUGCUUGUCAACGUUUCUCCCCUUGUAUUUGCGCAAGAUUCCAGUCUUGUCUGUAGAAGCACAAUCGUUCGACUUGAGACCACACGCGUCGCUAUCCUUUACCCCCUCUCCCUUGAUCAAGGCCAAUCCCGCACUGGGCCGUAGAUUUGAAUAUCCUCGUGUCCGUGCAUCGAACGCCAUUCGAUCAUGGCGGAUGAACCCAGACGAUCAGGCCGUGCCACCAAAGGCCAACAUACGAAGCAUGGCGACAUCCCAGAAGCGCCAGCUGCAAAGCGGGCGAAGGGCUCUGGAAAAUCUAAGGCUGCCAAGCAAACCUCUGCCGAGCCGACUCCCUCCGACGAAGAAGACGAUAAUGCCGUUGUGCGGUGCAUAUGUGGUGCGUCCGAAGAUGAUGGUGGACGGAUGAUGAUUCAAUGCGACAAAUGCGAGGUCUGGCAACAUAAUGAGUGUAUGGAAGUCACAGAGGUCGAGGAAGAUAUGCCAGAUCGAUACCUGUGCGAGCAAUGCGCACCAGACGAUCACAAGGAGCUCUUAGCAAAGGUGGAACGAGGUGAGCGGCCAUGGGAGGAAAGAGAAAAAGAACGGGAACGCGAAGAGGAAGAAAAACGGGCGAGGAGGCGCAAGGGUGGAAAGAAAGGAGGCGCUCGAGGUGGAAGACAGUCAAAAUCCAGCGACGUCAAGUCGGAGGUUAGUGAGGAGAUGAAUGGCAAAAGCACUCCUGAGCAAGAGGAGGCCGCCAAUGGCGAUGAACCAGAAGCAAAAUCGGCAUCUAGCAAGAGGAAGCUUUCGGGUGAUGAUUCUGGCUUCGAGCCUUCGGGAACGCCGGAGAAGGAACCUCAGACCAAAGUGCGAAAAGUAUCUAGCCAAGACGUCAAGCAUGAGAAGCCCACACCACAGCGGCAAGGCUCUGCCUCUGGAGCUGCAGGAGCUGCAGGUGCGACCCCAGCACGGAAGGAUUCCAAGAGUGCUCCAGCUCAAACAGAGAAGGUCAGUGAAGUGGGAGCUCUGCAGGAUGAAGCGCGAAGGAAGAUUGCGGCAGCACUGGCCAAGAUUUUUGGGGAUCUGGUUCGGGAUGCACAAAAGCAGGGCUCUUACAGCCUACCUGCAGGCCAGAGACCUGAAUCUGUAGCCGCUCAGCUUGCUCUUGGCGUAGAACACGCCGUAUUCAUAACCCACUCGGCCGAAGCCAAUGAGGCAUAUCGUACCAAGUGCCGUUCCAUCAUGUUCAACAUCAAAAAGAACCCUGCUCUCCGUGACCGACUCCUGUCAGGCUCACUUAGCUCUGAGGAGUUUUCGCAAAUGUCAACAGACGAAAUGGCUAGUGAAGAACUGCAGCAACGAAAUGCCGAAAUGAAAACACUUGCCGAUAAGCAGCACAUGCUCAUUCAAGAGGAAGGCCCUCGCAUCCGACGGACACACAAGGGUGAAGAAUUAGUUGAAGACGACGAACAACUUGGUGGAUCACAUGAGACCAUUUUCAACCCUGCUGCACCAAGACGACGCGAAAGCCAAAUGGAAACAUCAGAGGCCAAAUCACCGGACCAUUCGCCUGGAGGAAGAUCCGAAAGCCCAGCUACUGUCGAACUCCCAGAAGACGUCGGCGUUACACGUCCAGCGGCGGCAGCACGAAAGCCCCCAAAGCUCGACAUUGGCGCCUCACCAAAAUCCUCCGUGGCGGCACGAAGGUCCUCAUCUGCCUUCAAUAUUCAGGACGUAUGGUCAAGCGUACAAUCACCCGACACCGAAAAGCAGCGGUCACUCUCCAGCGCCCAACCGCCUUCGCGCAAAGUCUCUGAACACCAGCCGGGCUCCAGCUCUGCUGUCGGUGCAGACCCUGAAAUCGAUCAAUUACUCAAGGACGAAGAACCCGAUUCCCCUCCCUACUCUCCUACCGACUAUCACCCUGAGCCAGGCGUUAUUUGGCAAGGCAAAGUGUCCAUGUCGACCAUGGCCGAGUUUUCUGCCAGCGCAAAACACGUUGGCGGUGCAGACCUCAGCAUCAACAUUCCUUGGUCUCAACUGAUUCCCGAGACCCUGAGCGUGGACGGACGAAUCGAUGUCAACCGCGCGAACCAAUAUCUCUGCGGCCUCCGCUGGAGCCAAACUACCGAUGUGUCUGUUCUCGCUCUAACACCAUCUGGUCGGGGUCCCGCCGCACAGGCCGAUUUUGACAAGCUGUUCAACUACUUUAGCGAACGGAAACGCUAUGGCGUUGUGGGCAAGCAUCCCGACCCGGCCGUCAAAGACAUUUACGUCGUGCCGCUGGAUGCAGGCAUGGGCAAGAAACCCGAUUUUGUCGAAAUCCUCGAACACUGCACCAUCGAAGAGCCACGUCCAGAGCGCAUGUUCCUCGUAACAUUUGUCGUUCGGGCCAAUACUACGCCCUCCUCAGCCAGCCAGGCCGGCCACACGAGUUCUUCUUUUGCUCCUCCUCCAGCUGGUACUACUAGCAAAGGCCCCGGUGCCGCUUCUGUCUCAGCUCCCGCCCCGCCUACUCCUACCCCGAUGACCACAGCCGGCGGUGCUCCAGGAAACAAUGUAUAUUCUCCCAUCUCCCACGGACAAGGCUACGGAAACCACAACAAUCACAACCACACAACACCGCCCGUAGCACCACAGGGAGUGAAUAGGACCCCCAGCGUGUCCACCAGCAACGGCACCACGCCCCUCCCGGCACCAGUCCUCUCGCAUACCCCUCCGACGGGCGGAUACCCUCCAUACGGAAGCCCUUAUGCCUCUGCACAUCUGCAAUCGCAGCCACCGCAGCAGCCGUACGGUGCCGGCGCCCCAUUACAACACGGUUAUCCUAGCGUUUCCUACGGUACUACUCCGCCUGUCACCACUGCAGCCGCUACGGCCCCCAUUCCUGUCCCAGCAACAACAUCAACUUCCACUCCUCCAUCCGCAGCUGCAGCCGCAACAAAUCCCGCAGGCCAUGCAUUAGCUGUCCAAAUCCUCGGGCCCUUGGCGGAUACCCCCGUCGUGCACCAUCUCUUGGCCACCGUCCCGACCAUUGGCGCGCCCGAAUUCGGCGUCGUCAAGCAGAUUCUCGAACAAGUACCCGCGGCGAGAAACGACAUUGGUACAUUGACGAGUAUUUUGCAGUCGAGACAGUAAAUCUUCUUUUUCCUUUUCUUUUUUUUUCUUUUUCCAAAAAAAGAAAGGAAAACAUAAAAAGUUAUUUUCUUUGGACGGUUGAUAGGUUUAGAGUUGCAACUUGCCCCUCGGGGGCGGAUCGGAUUGGACUCGGCAGUCACUGGGUUGGACUGAACUGGAUUUUUUCGGAUCGGCGCCGUUGGAUUUUUAUUUUAUUUUUUUUUAUUAUUAUUUGUUUUUCUUCUUUUUUUUCUUUUGUCUUCUCUUCUCCAUCCACGUACCCUUUCAUUCUAGUCUACGUAAUUUUCUUUUC